AAAUGUAGAAGUGGAUUUAAGACACAUGGAUUUGCAGAAUGCUCACAGAGUACACUGUGUGCUUGUGGACUACGUUUCCGGUCGUAGGCGUGGAAUAAGUUAGUAAGGACUUCGUCAAGCGAACAUGGCGACAGUGACGGGUGAGACAUGCGCCACCCGGGAGACCUCUGUGCGCCACAGAGUGCCACCGCUGCUCACGGAUUUGUACCAAUUCACUAUGGCAUAUGCCUACUGGAGAGCUGGUAGGCACAAUGAACAUGCCGUGUUCGAGCUGUUUUUUCGAGAUAAUCCGUUCAACGGCGGGUUCUCACUUUUUGCAGGACUGAGCGACUGUGUGCAAUUUCUGCGCGACUUUUGUUUCACACCUGAAGAUGUGGAGUACUUGCGCACUGUGUUACCCUCAAAUACACACCCUGAUUUCUUCACCUACCUGAAAGCGUUAGAUGCAUCUGGCGUGUCUGUCAGUGCCGUAGCUGAGGGCACCGUCGUUUUUGCCCAAGUUCCACUUUUGGAGGUGUCUGGCCCACUGGCUGUUGUUCAGCUGCUGGAAACCAGCCUUCUCUGUUUGGUCAACUAUGCCAGUCUCGUGUGCACAAAUGCUGCACGGUUUCGUCUUGCUGCAGGUCCCAAGCUGCGACUUAUGGAGAUGGGUCUGAGGAGAGCUCAGGGACCUGAUGGAGGCCUAACCGCUUCUCACUACACAUAUAUUGGAGGUUUUGACUUAACAAGUAAUGCUCUGGCUGGGCGUCUCUACGGAAUUCCAGUGGCAGGCACCAUUGCACAUUCUUAUGUCACAUCAUUCACCUCUCUUGAGGAGGUGUGUCCAAAGACACUGAUGCCCUUGAGAGGCGGUGAUCCCAUUGAGCUUGUCCCACUGGUAAAGGACUGGUUAGGACGUGUAUGUCAGUUACUGGGAGCUAAUCCUCAGCAGGUGCGUGAGGGAGAGCUUGCUGCUUUUCUCUCCUAUGCCAUUGCUUAUCCUUGCAACUUCCUCCCUGUGAUAGACAGCUACAGUGUCAGCAGCGGCUUACCGAGUUUCUGUGCUGUUGCCCUGGUGCUCUGUGAGCUCCAGUAUCAGCCUCUGGGUGUAAGGCUAGAUAGUGGAGAUCUCUGUAGUCAAUCUCUGGAAGUGCGUAAUGUUUUCAGACAGUGCAGCAAGCACUUCUCAGUUACAGCAUUUGAGUCACUCAUCAUCGUUGGUACGAACAGCGUGUCUGCAAAAAGCCUUUCCGAGCUCAAGAAGAGAGAUAAUGAGAUUGAUGUAGUGGGAGUCGGAACCCACCUCGUUACAUGCACUAUGCAACCCUCACUCGGUUGUGUAUAUAAGUUGGUAGAGGUUGGAGGUCGGCCUAGGAUGAAGUUGAGUGAAGACCCAGAGAAAAGCACACUGCCAGGCAAAAAGGCGAUCUACAGACUGCUGGACACUGAUGGUCAUCCUCAAAUGGAUCUCAUAUACCUAUCAGAGGAACCUGCUCCAAAGGUGGGAGAGCCCAUCACAUGUCAUCCUUUAGGAUUGGGCAAGGCAGUCCAAUCAAUUACACCUGCCCAUGUAACAAGCCUACGAUUAGAGGUCUUUUCCCAAGGAAAGAUUAUGCAUCCUCUGAGCAGUGCCUAUGAGAGUCGAGUACAUGCACAGACCUCCGUUCAGGCCUUGAAUGUGCAGCACAAAAAACUAGAGGGACCAGAGUCUUACACAGUGGCCGUGUCAGAGAGAAUUCAUUCUCUCGUAUCUGACAUUAGAAAAGGAAACAACUAAGAAAGCGAUUUCCUGUUAUUAUUAUUAUUUCCUGAGAAAAUGGAUGGAUAGCUGGAAAUCACACUUUAUUUCAUAUGACUUAUAUAUCCUUUAUAAAUUGAGUUUUUGGUCAGUAUGAUUAAAUUACAAUAACAUGAGAACAUUUAAAACACUGAAAUAAAAGCUUAAUAAACAUUUUUUUUAUUACAAAGCCACAUAGGUUUUAGUCAACAUGUUCAUUUUUGUGGACAAGUUCACAAAUAGUCAACUUUAUUAAUAUCAUGCCGCUGCUUUAGUGUAAAUACUGAGGUUUUAACGAACUAACUGUGAAGUUACUGGAAUACUUGAAUCUUUACAUUAUGUAUUACAUUACAGAAUCUUUAUAUUUACCUACAGCCAUUAAGGAACACACUACUUGUCUGCAGUCUAUCAACAAAUUUCUUUUGCUAGUUAGUUAAACUGAAAUUGCCACCUGCUGGUCUUUCUAGUACAUAAACGCUGCUAAUCAUCAGUACAUUACAUUCCUCCCAAGACCCAAACUAUUUCAGCCUUCUUAUUUAAUAUGGUUAUUAUGGCAAUGUGUACAAGAAUUUCCUUUGUUUAUCUAACAAAAAUGCAUUUCUCGGACUCUUUUUACAAAGUCUGUCAAAUAACAUGGUCUAGAGACAGCUCUUUGUGGGUGUCUUUCAUGUUGCAUCAUUUCUGGUAACCCUUUGGGUGUGCUCAGGGGCUCAUAGUGAUAGUCUCUGAUGGUUCAUUAGGCAAAACACUUCAAUCAUUGAUUCAUUCAGUUUCCUGUUGUCUUGUCUAGCCAGAAUCUGUUCAAUUUGUCUAUGUGUUGUACUACCUAUAUCUACUAACAACAGUGGUAUAGUGCAAUGUGGACUUUGUACACCAUUCCACUCCACUCCAGUGUGAUCUAACUAUGACCGAGGAUUCUCCAUUAAAAAACUUCUCCCUGAAGCAAAAACGUU